UUUUCAAAUAGUGUUUUCUCUAAUACUUUGACGCUGUGCGUGAACUUAGAAAGCUGCAUUGCAGUCUCUAUAGUAUCAAUAUUUGAAACAGCGGCUCCUAUUUCACUGCAUUCAUGGUAUUCCCCGGCAAAGUGCUAGCAAAGGCGAGCCAAGUCAAGCGAAAGCGCUGGACAAGCCUUGUUAGCAAACUUAGCACUGCUAGCCAGCUAGCUAAAGAAAGCUAUUCAUGGGUAUCGAAAUGUGUGACUUUGAGGCUUCACUUAAACAUAUAACUACUCAAUAGAGGCCGGUUAUUUUGUAGUUGCCUCUCUCUUCUAGAGUAGGACAGCACCGCGUGCUUUAAGCCGUGUUUUAAUAUCGAACUGUUGUCAUAGCAAAGGCUAGCGAGUUGACCUAGCUUACGUUAGCUGAGUUGCUAAAGUCAUUUUCAGCCUUAAGCUGAUCAAAUCCUCCUUUAUACCGUAACAAAGGGGAGAUGCAGCUCUUUGUCAAAAUGUUUUGCGGGGUGCUGGUAAACCACGCGUAACGUUAUUUACUUCACACUUAACACAGCACGUUUAAUGUGUCUUAUGGAGAUGGGAGUUGUUUUAAUAUUUGCAGCACAUUCCCCUGCAUGCCCAGCUGUAAACACUGGCAUUAGCCGUCCCAGCACAUGCUUCUCCUUCUGGGACUUCUCUCUGAGCUCUUCUCUUGACUUCACUACUCUGAGUUCUUGUGUCCUAUAUCAAUGGAUGGGUGGUGUUGAAAACAGACCAGGAAAGAAAGUCGUCUUGUAGUAAUCGGCCUGUUACGUUAUCACACAAACAUGUUAAUGCAUUGAAAAUAAGGUGUUUAUAUGAGUAGUGUGUGUUCAUCAGUUUGGACUGCGUGCUAAUGUGAAGUACCUGCUUUGUGCAGUAUUUUAAAAAUAAUAAAUAGAUCACACCACAGGAUACAUGUAUGUUGUCACUAAUGUAGGCAAUACAGUGUCCAAGUGAUCCAACAAAUGUUUGUGAUUUGAUCUCAAGGAAUGUAAAUAGUCCAACUUAAUGGAUCUUAUGCAGGGAAAUUGAAAUGUCACAGAAAUGCAAGGACAGAUGCAAAGUAUAGAUGAUCAAAUAUAUUAUGAGCAACUGUUAUACUCAAAAUAAAGCAUGGUAGAAGAUAAAGGUACUCUACUAUAUACAUCAAAGAUAUAUGUCAAGGGUAUUGAGACAAGAAAUGGGUGAGGAGACAAGAAAAUUGGUAUAAAAAUGAAAUUCAACAGCUGCACCUGAGGCAAUGUAUUCCUGUGGUGGGUUGAGUGUCUCGUGUUUGCAGAAAGAAUAGAGACGAAAUACAUAAAUGUACAAUAGAAAAGUACCUCUGAAAUCAGAGGUUCCUUAAGUUUCUAUUGGCAGCGUUUUGACCCAACAUGUCUUCAUCAGACGAAUAUCCACAUGAAGGAAAUGAAAGCUGUAUACACUGAAAUGACCAAUGACACCAUAUUAAUUUUGUGCACAUGGAACGCUUAGAUUAUUUCUGAUAUAUUGAUUUAUUUGAGAGGAAUCGCACGUGUUUGAAAGAAAAUCCACUAAGACAAUAGUUUGCGUCCCAGGAAAAACACAACGUUUAUAUUUACUGACUUGAUUUCUUCCUCUUCCACGUCACUACACCUACAAUGUCAUAGUUUCACUUUUGCAAAGUGAUUUAUCAGCAAGACCACUUCAAUAUUCUGUCAAUCUUAUUGAAGGAGACUUUGUCCUUUCUUAGUAAAUGUCAGCCGGUAAACCUGCUGACCCAGAGCACCUUUCGUUUUGUAGGGGGAGUGGUAUUAUGUGAUGGUAUGUUGAUGACAUGUUUGCCACCGUGGACUCCCCCUCUAAUUCCCUUAUCCUUGCAGGUCUAUCUUUAUACUUUGAAGAUGGCCAUGACGAUCUGGAUGAUUUUGGAUUUGAUGACUAUGGUUCAGAGUGCGACGGCAUCCGCAUCACAGCCUUCCUCGAUGCGGGACAAGACAACUUAACUCCUCUUGGGAGGCUAGAAAAGUAUGCCUUCAGUGAGAAUGUCUUCAACAGGCAGAUCGUGGCUCGCGGCCUGCUUGAUGUGCUUCGAGAGUUCAGUGACAAUGAGAAUGACUUUAUCAGUGUCAUGGAGACAGUUGCCAGAAUGUCGGAAGAUGGAGAGCCCACAGUGCGAGCCGAACUGAUGGAGCAGGUCCCCAACAUUGCCAUGUUCUUGCACGAGAGUCGGCCCAACUUCCCAGCAGCUUUCUCAAGAUACUUGGUCCCCAUUGUAGUCCGAUAUCUCACUGAUCCAAAUAACCAGGUGCGGAAGACCAGCCAGGCAGCGCUGCUUGUUCUGUUGGAGCAGGGCCUCAUCUCUAAAGCUGAUAUGGAGUCCAAAGUUUGUCCAGUUCUACUGGACCUCACAGAACCCAGCAGUGAUGAUGACUACAAAAUUGAGGCAGUCUCUAUGAUGUGUAAAGUUGUCACCAUGUUGAGCAAAGACACAGUGGAGCAUCUACUGCUGCCACGCUUCUGUGACCUGUGCAGCGACGCCAGACUCUUUCAAGUCCGCAAGGUCUGUGCUGCAAAUUUCGGAGAAUUUUGUUCUAUUGUUGGUCAGGAAGCCACAGAAAAACUACUGAUGCCCAAGUUCUUCGAUCUGUGCUCAGACAGUCUGUGGGGCAUCAGGAAAGCCUGUGCAGAGUGCUUCAUGAUGGUCUCCAAUUCUACCUCUCCAGAGGUGCGACGUGCAAAAUUGUCCCCCCUGUUCAUCAGCCUCAUCAGUGACCAGUCCCGCUGGGUGCGACAGGCUGCUUUUCAGUCUCUGGGGCGUUUCAUCUCCACCUUCGCCAAUCCCUCCAGCACCGGCCUUCACUUCAGAGAGGACGGCGCCCUGCUAGAGCUCCCCAGGUGUACAUUAGACAGCGACUGCUCCCUAAACUCUCUGAACUGCUCCGAGAUUAGCGUCUGCCACACGGGAAGAACCAUCGCUCACACACCCCCCAACCAGGACGGCCGCGCCACACCGUCCCCAGAGCAUGUGUCUACAGCGGACGGCGAGGAAAUGCACAGCUUUGAAGACAACUACACUUCAGUUCCCAGAGAGAUGCGCGGCGGCGGCUUCACCCGCACGUUCUCCAACAGCAACGCCAGCCCUACGACUACAAACAAUGCUAAGAACACAAAAGACACGGAGCAGGCGGACGAUAACUUUAAUUCCUUCAACUAUUGGAGAUCUCCUUUACCAGAUAUAAGCGGGGAACUGGAGAUGCUAAAUCGUGAUAAAUCAGAGGAGGGGAUGGAGCAGGAGGAAGAGGAGGAACCUGGUUAUCCCGAUUCCAAGUCCAGCCCAGGCAAAGCUACCAGUGACCAGAUCCAGAAGGUCUUGGACCGUUUGCAACCGCACAUUGAUGACCCUGAUGUUCAAGCUCAAGUCCAGGUGUUGUCAGCGGCUCUGAAGGCAGCCCAGCUCGACGACGACGAUCCCACAGACGACGGCCUGACUGAACCUGAGCCAGAAGAGCAGCCUGAGGACGACAUUGAGGGCCACUCUGUGGAGAGCCAGUCUGUGGAGAGCCAGUCUGUGGAGAGCCAGUCUGUGGAGAGCCAGUCUGUGGAGAGCCAGUCUGUGGAGAGCCAGGCCGAGAGUGAAGAGAGUCCCACAGAAGAGGAGCAAACGAUGGAGCCUCCUUCAGCCUCAGAGUCCAGCCCUGUCCAGGAGCAAGGGGACGAGGAGACGCAGACGGAGCCCUUGGAUGACCAGGAGGAGUCUCCUCCCGACUCGCCUAUUCUAGAGUCUGAACUGAUUGAGAGUGUGGAGGAGGAAGAUGAGGAGGAGGGGGGAAAGGAAGACUCUGCUCACAGCCCCAUGUAUGAGGAUAAGCCCAAGAUCCAGAAUGUCAUCCCCCAGCAGCUCUUGGAUCAGUACCUCUCUAUGACGGACCCGGCCCGGGCUCAGACGGUGGAUACAGAAAUAGCCAAACACUGUGCCUUCAGCCUGCCGGGGGUAGCGCUCACUCUGGGACGACAGAACUGGCACUGCCUCAAGGACACGUAUGAAACCCUCGCUACCGAUGUGCAGUGGAAGGUGCGGCGGACGCUGGCUUUCUCCAUCCACGAGCUGGCGGUUAUCCUGGGAGACCAGCUGACUGCAGCUGACCUGGUGCCCAUCUUCAACGGCUUCCUCAAAGACCUGGAUGAGGUCCGCAUUGGCGUGCUCAAACACCUCUACGACUUCCUCAAGCUGCUGCACGCAGACAAGAGGAGAGAGUAUCUCUACCAGCUGCAGGAGUUCAUGGUGACGGACAACAGUCGCAACUGGAGAUUCAGAUAUGAGCUGGCAGAGCAGUUGGUCUUGAUCAUAGAGUUGUACAGCCAUUACGACGUGUAUGACUACCUCAGACAGAUAGCACUCACACUCUGCUCUGACAAAGUCUCAGAGGUUAGGUGGAUCUCGUACAAACUGGUUGUGGAGAUCCUCCAGAAGCUGUAUGCAUGUGGAGCCGAUGACCUGGGCCUGAACUUCAUCAACGAGCUCACCGUCAGGUUCUGCCACUGUCCCAAGUGGGUGGGGCGGCAGGCCUUCGCCUUCAUCUGCCAGGCGAUCGUAGAGGAGGACUGCAUGCCCAUGGAGCAGUUUGGCCAGCACCUUUUACCCAGCCUGCUCAGCCUCUCCUCUGACCCGGUGGCCAAUGUCCGUGUACUGGUGGCCAAGGCUCUAAGACAGAGUGUCAUGGAGAAAGCUUACUUCAAGGAGCCCGGCUGUGCCUACUCCGACGAGCUGGAGGAGACGGUGAUGGCCCUGCAGUCCGACAAGGACCGGGACGUCCGCUUCUUUGCCAGCCUGGACCCCAACAAAGGCCUGAUGGACACGGCUCCCUUGAUUUAGCCUCCAGCUCCCGAGUCCCAUUACGGCCCCACCUGCCUGUCUACCUACCUGUCUGUCUGUCUGUCUGUCUGUCUGACGCACAGUCAGCGUAAGCUGCAACACCAGCACCUGACCAGAUCCCCAACCACUCGCCUGCUGGGCAGACCUGCACCAACGACCACUUGGGAAUCAUGUCAGAUGAUCAGAUUACAGUAUGAAAGUAUGAGCAUGUUAAAAAGAAAAAACACACACACAACCCAGACUCUGGUUGGGCACUACAUAGCGCACAUCGCAUUCACAACACAAGAUGCAUACUUCUCAGAGUUUUCAGAAAAUGAGCAGGACUCAAGAGGUUUGCGGCUCCACUUUGUGGGAGCCGGCGUAUUCAUGCCUGAACUUGUCCCCGCCCUCUUCCACACUAACAUCGACUCAGUCCUU